ACUUUCCAGAAGUUUCUCGGGACGGGCGGGAGGAGGGGAACGCCAUAUAUAGAUCUGGGGAGCCGGGAGCGGCGGAGAGUGGAAUCCGUCCGCGGCUUGAGUGGGACGACUGUCCGGCGCCAGCCCACCCGGCCCAGGUCCCCUGUGGUGCGUACAACCCGCCUCCCAGCCAUGCGCCUCCUCGCGCUCAUCGGCGCCUGCUGCCUCCUGGCCGUGGCUCUGGCCGCCGAGGUGAAGAAGCCCGCGGCUGCUGCAGCACCGGGCACGGCAGAGAAGCUGAGCCCCAAAGCGGCCACGCUGGCCGAGCGCAGCGCCGGCCUGGCCUUCAGCCUGUACCAGGCCAUGGCCAAGGACCAGGCGGUGGAGAACAUCCUGCUGUCGCCCGUGGUGGUGGCCUCGUCCCUGGGGCUCGUGUCUCUGGGAGGCAAGGCGGCCACGGCCUCCCAGGCCAAGGCGGUGCUGAGCGCGGAGCAGCUGCGGGACGAGGAGGUGCACGCGGGCCUGGGCGAGCUGCUGCGAGCGCUCAGCAACAGCACGGCGCGCAACGUGACCUGGAAGCUGGGCAGCCGCCUGUACGGGCCCAGCUCGGUGAGCUUCGCAGAGGACUUCGUGCGCAGCAGCAAGCAGCACUACAACUGCGAGCACUCCAAGAUCAACUUCCGCGACAAGCGCAGCGCCCUGCAGUCCAUCAAUGAAUGGGCGGCGCAAACCACCGACGGCAAACUGCCCGAGGUCACCAAGGACGUGGAGCGCACGGACGGUGCCCUGCUGGUCAAUGCCAUGUUCUUCAAGCCGCAUUGGGACGAGAGGUUUCACCACAAGAUGGUGGACAACCGAGGCUUCAUGGUGACCCGAUCCUAUACUGUGGGUGUUACCAUGAUGCACCGCACAGGCCUCUACAACUACUACGAUGACGAGAAGGAGAAGCUGCAGAUUGUGGAGAUGCCCCUGGCGCACAAGCUCUCCAGCCUCAUCAUCCUUAUGCCGCACCACGUGGAGCCCCUCGAGCGCCUUGAGAAGCUGCUGACCAAGGAGCAGCUGAAGAUCUGGAUGGGGAAGAUGCAGAAGAAGGCUGUCGCCAUCUCCCUGCCCAAGGGUGUGGUGGAGGUGACCCACGACCUGCAGAAACACCUGGCCGGGCUGGGUCUGACUGAGGCCAUCGACAAGAACAAGGCAGAUUUAUCACGCAUGUCGGGCAAGAAGGACCUGUACUUGGCCAGUGUGUUCCACGCCACUGCCUUCGAGUGGGACACAGAGGGCAACCCCUUUGACCAGGACAUCUAUGGGCGCGAGGAGCUGCGAAGCCCCAAGCUCUUCUAUGCUGACCACCCCUUCAUCUUCCUGGUUCGAGACACCCAGAGUGGCUCCCUGCUGUUCAUUGGGCGCCUGGUUCGGCCCAAGGGUGACAAGAUGCGAGACGAGCUGUAGGGCCCCAGGGUCAUGGGAUGGCAGGAGGCAGCCGAAGGCUCCUGAGACACAUGGGUGCUAUGGGAGGGAGGGAGUUGAGGUACUGACCUUGGAUAGUCCAUGGGGUAGGGGUGGGCAAACAGCAGGCUUCCUGUGUGUCUGAGCAGACUUCCCAGCCAUCUGCUUGGACGUGGGCUCCCAGAUACCAUGAUGCUGAGCCCAGGAACCCCAGGGACCCCACAUUCUGUGGGACCUGGGCAGUAGUCAUGUCCUGCCCUCAGAGCCCUGGGUUUAAGCCUGCCUCAAUCAGUGUUCAUAUUUAUAGCCAAGUGCUUUCUCAUCUGUGAGAUGGAAUCGAGCUAGUGGGGGCUCAGCCCAGGCCCCGUGGAACGGGGGCCCUCUUUCCCUGACCCGACCAUCACCUCAGCCCUCUCUCCAGCUCUAUUCCAAUCCUCUCCCAACUUCCCUCAACUAUAAAAUGAGGUGCUGCACCCCCUGGGACAAGUACCCCCAUGAUGGCCCUGGCCCCAGUUGAGGGGGGGAUCGGGAAAUAGCUCAUGGGGGUGGGGGUGGGGGCUCAUGGACAGAUUCUGGUCAGGCAUCAUGGGGAUGAACUUUUUUUCUCCGUUUGUAGAUUUUCAAAGAUGGGGAGGGAAGGGGGAAAAUGAGCCUUUGUUGCUGUCACAUCAAGAACUUAUUUGUACAAUUUUUUUUUCAAUAAAACUUUUCCAGUGAA